AUGUGGAAUCUCCUUUACUAAAAUCCGAUAUGUUUUAAAAAGAAAACAGCUCAAGUAUAUAUAGAAUAAAUUAGGAUCAACUUAAACACAUUACAACCCUUUAAACAGCGAAGUCAUGCCUACAUCUUUCUCCUCCUUGGUAAUCAACGCAUUCAUUGUCAAAAUUAGCCAAUAAAUAUACACAUUGUAUUUGAUAAACUCUAAUUUCCUUUAGUAUAAGACUUAGAUAUUGUUAAUCAAAACCUUAUACUUAUGUCUAAAAUGAAGGAAAUACAAAAAAAAAAAAUUAGUUUCAAGACUCCAACAUCAUAUUCAAUUGAUCAUUUAAGAAGAAAAGAAACUACAAAAAUAAUAUUGGAAAAUUAGACUUUAUUAAAAAGGCUUUAAUCAGCCCACUCAUAAUAUCCUAUCAAAUUUCUCAAGAAGGAUAAUGAGAGAAUAAAGUAAUAUAGAGAAAAUUUAUAAAAAACAAAAAGUAAUCUUUAAAAUUAUAAAGGAACUUACAAUGAUUUUAAUGUGUUAGCAUAAUAAGAAUUUUAAAGAAGGUUGAUUUCUUCAUCGCAGUCUUAACGGAAAUGUAAUAAAUUAAUUCUAAAAUAAGUUUUGUAAACUAGCGAAAGAAAUAGAUAACACACAUGCUAAACAGUUCCAUCUUAAUUGUGA